CAGUCGUGUUGUUUUCUGCUGGCUAGCCGAGGCGUCGUUGCCAGCGGAAGCUGUGUGCUGACUCCUCCCGGAAUCACGGCGCCAUUACUGGGCUCGGGUGCAGACAAUGCUCGGUAACACCGCAGGAAAUUCUCCGCGGAUAAUCGAUUCAGAUACCGACACUGAUUUGAAGCGCCUUCCGACACGAUUAACACCAACCCGGUUAAUUAAAACAGCCGUCGAGUUGUCGUUAAAACUAACUUUAAUUUUUAACAAAAUUUUUACUUUGUAGGAGUUUGAGAAUAAUUUGGCGUUGAUGGCAAGAAGCAUUCGAAGCAUAAACGCGAAUAAUUCCUUAAAAAUGUCGGAGUUUGGCUGUUAAAAGGAGGAAAUGUUUAAUUUAGUGUCUGUCUUGUUUUUUUGGCUCGGUUGACCUUGUGCGGGCGGAAUGAGACUGGAACCCGGGAAAAGCGACGCCACUGCUCGGGGAGGGCGGAUAGACACGGGCCCUGACCAACAAAACCAAACUGAACCACAAAUAUUCUCAUUUAUUUCUGUUUGUUUACAAUUAGUACAGUACAGUGUGGAUCAGCUGAAGGAAACCGAAUACUAAUUACACGCUUAUAUUGUUCUGGGAAAUAUAUAACUUAACCAGUAUAACUUCGCUAGGCUGCCAUUAGCAGCGUGCUAAUGUGUCUGAGCUAGCUAACGUUAGCUGCUAGUAACGUUUAGUAGUGAACAAAAAAAGCUGUUUAGUUUACUUGACUAUUCGUAAAAGAAAAAUAAACUAAUAAAACGACCAACGACAGUGUGUCGGACAUAUUUAAGAAAGGUGUGUGUGUGUGUGUGUUCUUUAGACUUUUAGUUUUUGAAUAUUUUUUUCUGCGUUUUAGCGCCAGCUAUGGUUAAAACAGGUUAAACAGCUAAGUAGCUGGAGGUCUCUUCCUAGCACCAGGUGGAAAAGUCCAUGACUGGGUGAACAGUUUUUGCACAAAAAUAGGGUCCAACAGUAUCGAUUUCCACAUUGUUUACUUUUAAACCAUGUGUAAAAGCAAAAAAUAAAAUAAAAUAAUAAAAUUAGGCACUUUUGUUUGGUGAAAAGACGAAUCCAAUCCUAGACAUUUUGCAUCUUCAAAAUUUUCGGUGUAAUGAGCAGCCUGGGACUGUUUUGUUGCAGGAUUUUCAAAUAAGUCCAAUAUUUUCGUUUUUGUCUCGUCUAUAAGUUGUUCUAUCCGUGUGGUGUGUGUGUGUGUGUGUGUCGGCUCCAGCAGCCCGAGUUAAGUUUUCUACAUCAAGCACUUGUGGCCUCUCAUCAGACAUCAUCUGACUCUGGAGGUUGGACCUGAUACUCCACUCUAUAACAACCAGCCAACCCAAGUCAUGUUCUUUUAUCACCCAGAGCUCGAAAUUGGCAUAAUAAGUUUACGAAACGCUUCAUUUAAUAUUUAUUACAGUCAUUACAGUACCGGUUGCAACUCACACAGCUGUGUGGACCAGUUCUCUGUGUGGGAGAACAUCCAGCUGUUUUCCAUACCGCUUAUCCUACACAGGGUCGCGUGGCACCUGGAGCCUAUCCCAGGGAACACCCAGUCACCCCCACACACACCCGUUCACACACUACGGACAGAUUGGAAAUGCCAGUCAGGAUGCGUCAUUGUACUGGGGAGGAAACCGGAGUACCCCCAUGAAGCACAGGAGAACGCGCAAACCACGAAAAUCGAACCCUCAACCCCAUAGGUUUGAGGGUUUGUCUUUCUGCAGGUCGGGUCAGAGCCACCUUGACUGUGUAGUCAUGAAUGGCAGCAGCAGCGUGGCUGGCACCCAGACUGGGCGAAUCAAACUCGAACCAGAUGUUGACGUGUGGAGUAAGGAGGACUGCCUGACGCUGCUAGAGAGGAUUAGGAGUCUGUUGCCCGAUGGAGACACUUUGAAAUACAAGACCACCGAGUCUCAUUUUGACUGGGACAAAGUGGGCUUUGGGAACUUCACCGGGGUCAUGUGUAAGCAGAAAUGGCAGAAGGUUUCCACCGAGGUUCGGAAAUACAGGACGAUGACGGAGCUCAUUGUCGACGCGAUGGAAUAUGUAAAGAACCCUUAUAAAGGAAAGAAACUGAAGACACAUCCUGACUUCCCCAAGAAGCCCCUCACACCCUACUUUCGUUUCUUCAUGGAGAAGAGAGCCAAGUAUGCAAAAAUCCACCCAGAGAUGAGCAACCUAGAUCUGACCAAGAUCCUGUCCAAAAAAUACAAAGAGCUCCCUGAAAAGAAAAAGCUCAAAUACAUUCAGGAAUUCCAGAGGGAGAAGGAGUCCUUUGAGAAAAACAUGGCACGGUUCAAAGAAGACCAUCCUGAGCUGAUAGAAGAACGAAAGAAGUCAGACCUCCCGGAGAAGCCCAAAACUCCUCAGCAGCUGUGGUACAACCACGAAAAGAAAACCUUCAUGAAGCUUCACCCGGAGGUAAGUCAGAAGGAGCUGAAAGAAGCUUUACGGCGUCAGUGGUCUCAGCUCUCGGACAAAAAGCGGCUGAAAUGGAUCAGCAAAGCGCUGGAGCUGCAGAAGAACUACGAGGACAGCUUGCGGGCGUACCACGAAGCACACCCAGAUGCAAACUCCGAAGAACACGUCACUCAGAAGUCCGUCCUGACCAAAGCCGAGCGGCAGCUCAAGGACAAGUUUGACGGACGGCCCACUAAGCCACCGCCGAACGGGUAUUCUUUGUACUGUGCCGAGCUGAUGGUGAACAUGAAGGACGUCCCGAGCACAGAGAGGAUGGUCCUGUGCAGCAAGCAGUGGAAAAUGAUGACCCAGAAAGAGAAAGACAUGUUCCAGAAGCGAUGCGAACAGAAAAAGAAGCAGUACGAGAUCGAUCUCCAGAGGUUCCUUGAGACUCUUCCAGAAGAAGAAAGGGAUCGAGUACUGACUGAGGAGAAGCUCGGAGGCUCCAAGCUGAGCCUUGUGGGUGCAGGUGGCACUUUUGUGACUAAGUCCCCAUCAGGCAAGGACCGGGGUCGAGACUCCGAGUUGGACCAGUGGGUCCACGGGCUGCCGAAGGAAAAGAGAGACGGGAAGAAAAAGACGCAGCUUCCCGAGACGCCCAAAACGGCAGAGGAGAUGUGGCAGCAGAGCGUGAUCGGUGACUACCUGGCCAAAUACAGGAACGACAGGAAGAAAGCUCAGAGCGCCAUGGAGGCUACUUGGAAGGGCAUGGAGAAGAAAGAGAAAAUUCCCUGGAUCAAGAAGGCAGCCGAGGACCAGAAGCGAUACGAGGUUCAGUACCGGACUGUGAGAGAGCUGGUCGAGAUGAGGACAGUGCCAUCGGGUCAAGGUCAGAGGAAGCCAAAGUUCGACGGCGAGCCCAAGAAACCUCCUGUGAGUGGCUAUCAGAUGUUUUCGCAGGAGCUGCUCACAAACGGUGAGUUAAAUCACUUCAGCCUCAAGGAGCGCAUGGUGGAGAUCGGCAAGCGCUGGCACAAGCUCAGCCAGAGCCAGAAGGACAAGUACAAGAAGCAGGUGGAGGAGCAGCAACUCGAAUACAAAGCCGAGUUGGACGCCUGGGUGAAGAAACGAAAGAGCACGUCAAAGGCGCGAGGUCCCGGAGCCAAAGUGCGUGUCACCAAGGGGAAGGCGCAGGACACCUCAGAUUCAGAGGAAGAAGACGAUAAGACAAACUCGACAGACUCGGAGGACGAAGAUGACGAAUCCUCGGCUUCCACAGAUAGCGACGAUGAGGACGAUGACGAAGAGGACGAGAACGACGAGGAUGACGACGAAGACGACGAAGACCAGUCGGACGGCUCGAGCAGCUCGUCGGAGGACAGCAGCGAUUCAGAUUCAGACUAACGAACCCUCUCGAAGGGAGUGGGGUGUGCAGGACACGCCCCCUAACAACAUCCCUUCCUGACAAUAGGGGAGGGGCCGAGUAGCUGUGAGCACACAGCACGCGCUAAUGCGGCUGUCUCUCUUCAGUGAGAGAUGCAGGACUCAGAAGAGUGACAGCUCUUCUCUCUCUUUUUUAUAUAUAUAUAUAUAUAUAUAUAUAUAUAUAUAUAUAUAUAUAUAUAUAAAAUGUCCAAUUUACGGGCUUAAAGUCAACUGGACAACCUCUUAUUAAUGAGCUGUUACUUGUGUGUUUAUUGAAGCAAUUUUUAUUGCCUUUAUAUAGGUGUGUUAUUAAAAAUUGUGUUGCUCGUUCCUUUUUAUUUUUAUUUUUUUUGCAACGUUAACAGUGGUCUGAGGUGGACAGUGUGAGAGAAGGCCUUUUAUAACCGAGGUAACGGAGAGUGGACCCCAGACGCCUGGGUUUGUACACCUCGGCCAGUUCGUCGAAGCUCCGAGAGCUGUUAAGCUAAUCUGGUCUCGUUUGUUCAUUUUUGGGACAAAUCCUCCGAAAUAAAUUGCACUUUUUUCCUCUUUUA